AUCACUAGGUCCCCAUUUACCUCCAAUACAUUUACUAACUAUUAACAAUCCCACCACAUAAUCAACCAUCAUCUUUUCCGUCACACUUCAUCAACUCCAACUCUUGAUCUAGAUCCACCCCUAUAGAAGAAUACUUAUUAUCUCACGUGCACCGGUCGCGUAUCCAAAUUUGGAGCCCAACGUCAUGGCACACUCCCAAUCCGCGCCUCCUCAUAUCUUUUCUAAGCUAGUCAGUUACAAGUAACUCACUGAGUCAAACUCGUGGACCCCAUCGUCUUCUCCAAUCCCAAUCCAUACUCAAUCCAAAUCUCUGAAACUCACUCUCUCCUCCAAAACCCUACGCUCUCCAUUUCCAAUGUCCCUUUCCAAUUCCUCAACAAUUCACCUCACAAUCACUCUCACUUUCACUCCCUUCGUCAGAUUCACCGUCUGAUUCGUCGUCCAUGGAAACAGCAACCGCGUCGCACGAUUCCGAAACCGAGAACUGCAAGCUGCAGCAGCGGCGGCGGCGAGGCGAGUUGGUCGUGAACGGUUACUUCGUGUACACACGACGCAAGAGGAUCGAGCAUCAUUCCGACAACGAGAUAGCGAAGAGACUCAGAACCGAGGAAAAUGAAGAAGUUAAAGCGGAAAUUGACUCCAGUGCGGCGGAGAAGAACAACGCCGUCGUUUUAUGGACUUCUAAACGGCAGCGGAAACCGUCGUUUAAGCUUAAGGCUGAUUCACAAGAAGAUAAUGCGUCUGCUGAUAAGGCCGCUACUGUUUGUAAUACGAAGAGCGUCGUGGCUAACGAGAAGCUAAUGACUGUGAAGGAGCUCUUUGAUACUGGUUUGCUCGAUGGUGUUCCAGUUGUUUACGUCGGUUGCAAGAAGGAGGCUUCAGAUUCGGGAUUGCAAGGUGUAAUUGCUGGUGGGGGGAUAUUGUGUUCGUGCUGUCUGUGCAAUGGACGCAGAAUUAUUCCUCCUUCCAAAUUUGAGAUUCACGCCUGCAAAAUAUAUAAGAGGGCAACGCAGUAUAUUUGCUUUGAAAAUGGAAAGAGUCUGCUUGAACUAUUGGGAGUAUGCAGGACUGCUCCCUUACAUACUUUGGAGGCCACCAUUCAAAAUUUUCUUUGUAUACCGCCUGAAGAGAAGUAUUUUACUUGCAGGAGCUGCAGAGGGUGUUUCCCUGUUUCAACUGUGAAAAGAGUUGGGCUUAUAUGCCAUUCUUGUGUGGAAACAAGCAAGUCUGAAGAUGGUUCUAUUCGUGCAGUUGGCAAAAGAGUCAGGACUCCUCGACCAUAUCUGUUCUCUAGUCCAUCUAGUAUUUCUGAAAAGAGUAUUUCUUCAAAAACUAAAAGACAACAGAAGAAGAAAACAAAGUCAUCAAAACGGGUUAGCAUGAUAAAAUCUUCCAAGAAGAGUGCUUCUGUGCCUAUUAUCCAGGAGAAAAGUUUGUGCAGCAUGGAAACAAAGUCAUCAAAACUGCUACUCAAGUUUAAGAUUGCUCCAAUUACAUCAAAUUCAAAAUGUUCAUCUCCACAAAAUAAGAAUCAGUGGAGGAUCAAUAAGAAGCAUCAGCGAUUGCAUAAAUUAAUUUUUGAAGAAGAUGGGUUGCCUGAUGGAGCUGAAGUAGCUUAUUAUGCACGUGGACAGAAAUUGCUUGAGGGUAUCAAAAAGAAAUCCGGAAUUAUUUGUCGAUGCUGCAACACUGAGAUCAGUCCCGCACAGUUUGAAAUUCAUGCAGGGUGGGCUUCUCGCAGGAAGCCUUAUGCAUACAUCUACACGUCGAACGGGGUGUCUCUCCAUGAGUUGGCAUUAUUCCUCUCAAAAGAUCGCAAAUGCACUGCAAAAUAUAAUGAUGAUGCUUGCAUUGUUUGUUGGGAUGGUGGAAAUCUGUUGCUCUGUGAUGGAUGCCCAAGGGCAUUUCAUAAAGAAUGUGCAUCUGUAUCAAGUAUUCCACGUCGUGGUCGGUACUGUCCAAUCUGUCAACACAUGUUCCUUGGAGAAGGAUCUGUGGCUCUCAAUCCUGAUGCGGUGGCGGCUGGAAGGGUUGAAGGAGUUGAUCCUAUAGAACAGAUUGCCAAGAGAUGCAUUCGGAUAGUGAAAGAUAUUGAAGCUGAAAUUGGUGGAUGUGCUUUAUGCAGGGGUUCUGACUUCAGCAAAUCAGGUUUUGGUCCGCGCACAAUAAUAAUAUGUGAUCAGUGUGAAAAGGAAUAUCACGUGGGCUGUUUGAGGGAUCAUAAAAUGGCAUAUUUGAAGGAGUUGCCGGAAGGAGACUGGCUUUGUUGCAAUGAUUGCACAAGAAUACAUUCUAUUUUGGGGAACCUUCUAGUUAGGGUGGCUGAGAGACUCCCUGAAUCUCUUUUGGAUAUUAUAAAGAAAAAGCAAGAGGAAAGAUAUUUGGAACCCCUUAAUGAGAUUGAUAUAAGAUGGAGGCUUGUUAAUGGCAAAGUUGCUUCUCCUGAAACCAGGCCAUUGCUUUUAGAGGCCUUGUCAAUAUUUAACGAAUGUUUUGAUCCAAUAGUUGACGUAGCUACUGAACGGGACCUUAUUCCUUCUAUGGUUUAUGGACGGAGUUUGCAGACUCAGGAUUUUGGCGGAAUGUAUUGUGCAUUAUUAAUUGUCAAUUCAUCUGUGGUAUCUGCGGGCAUGCUUCGGAUUUUUGGGAGAGAUAUUGCAGAGCUCCCUUUAAUUGCUACAAGACACAAAAACCGUGGAAAGGGCUACUUCCAAACACUGUUCUCGUGCAUUGAAAGGCUGCUGGCCUUCUUGAAUGUGAAGAACCUUGUGCUACCAGCUGCUGAAGAAGCAGAAUCCAUAUGGAUAAAUAAAUUUGGGUUUAGCAGGAUGAAACUUGAACAGCUUACCAACUAUAGAAAGAGCUGCCAACAGAUGAUGGCAUUCAAAGGAACGGUUAUGCUUCAUAAAACAGUACCUCAAUGUCGGAUAAUCAAUCGCGAGAAAUGAGAAAUCUAUGUAAAAAGGAGGUGAAUCAUAAAAGGGAAAACCCCUAGCUUUAUUGUAUUCUUUUCCUGCUCUGCUAAUUUUUUUUAUUUGAAGCCAUUUUUCCUAACAUUUAUGAUGUCAUUUUCCCCUUUUCUAUCUCUUAAUAUUGACAUUUCCCUAUUUUAUGUUUUCACAACCCUGGCAAGCAUAUUCCAGUAUUGGUGUUGGACCUAUGCUUUGUAGUCUAAUACAGUGCUUUGUGACAACAUAAACACUUCCUUUCGAUAACUUACAUAGAAGUUGUUUGUAUAAAGUUAAUGUGAAAUUUACCUAUGACAAGCAUGUAUUGAAUGAAUAAUUAAAGGAGCUAUUUAUCAAAUGCUUAAUUGGAAAUCUCAUGUUUCUAGUGA